UUCUGCUUCUCUUCUCCGACUCUCCUUCUCUUCUGUUCGACAUCUCUUCUUCGCCGUAAAACCCAAAUUGAUUUCUUGUCUGUGUGAGUGAUGAUGGGUGGUGGCGAGAAAAGCCAAAGUAGCUCAAGUAGGAACAACGCCGCAGGCAGACCUUAUGGAAACAAAGGAAUGCGAAAUAGGGGAGGUAAGAACGGUGUUUUCUGUUAUUGCGGGCUUCGAACGGUGAUGAAGCACUCAACAACUGCAGAAAAUCCUGGUAGACCAUUUUAUGGUUGUCCGAACUAUGAGUAUGGAAUUCACUGUAAUUUUUUUCGCUGGGCUGAUGGGUGUGAAGAUCAAGUUUCUGCAGCACCCAUUCCACCAGAAGUUUUGCAUGAGUUAAGUUGGAGGAUGACAACCUUGGAGAGUGAUGUUAGGACCGUGAAGAUGAUGACAAUGAUGCUGCUGGCUUUUGUUGUUACUUUUGGUGUGUGUUUAGGUUUUAGUUUGUUGGGGUUUAUAUUCAACAAAUGAUGAUAAUGUUAUGAAAUUUUAAAUUUCUU